UCCCGUUACCACGACUACUGCGUCAUCGGGGCCGGCCCGUCGGGCCUGCAGGCGGCCUAUUUCCUCCAGCAAGCCGGCCGGGAUUAUGUUGUCUUCGAGCGGAGCCACGCUCCUGGCAGCUUCUUCGCCCUGUACCCGCGCCACCGCAAGCUCAUCAGCAUCAACAAGCGGUACACAGGCAAAUCCAACAGCGAGUUCAACCUCCGCCACGACUGGAACUCGCUCCUCAGCCACGACCAACGGCUGCUUUUCCGACGCUACUCCCGUGACUUCUUCCCCGACGCUGACACGAUGGUGCGUUACCUGGAGGACUUUGCUUCCCUGCUGAAGCUGCGGGUUCAGUACAACACAGCCAUCAUCCACGUGACGCUGGAAAGGGAUGGGCAGGCUUGGAAUGGCCACUAUUUCCUCCUGACCAACCAGGACAGGCAGAACUACAAGUGCAGCUCUUUGUUGGUCGCCACAGGAACGUGGGUCCCCAACGUGGUCAACUUUCCUGGCUCAGAAUACGUUGAGGGUUACGAGACUGUGUCCAUCAACCCAGAGGAUUUUGCUGGCCAGACCGUGCUGAUCUUGGGCCGAGGGAACUCAGCCUUUGAGACAGCGGAGAACAUUCUGGGUGUUACAAAUUUCAUCCACAUGGUGAGCCGGUCCCGCGUGCGCCUCUCAUGGGCCACCCACUACGUUGGGGAUCUAAGAGCAAUUAACAAUGGCCUACUGGACACCUACCAGCUGAAAUCUCUGGAUGGGCUUCUGGAGGGCGACCUGGAGGAUCUGGCUAUCGUCAAGGACAAGAAAGGAAAGCUACACAUCACACUCCGGUUCUACCUGGAGAACAGGAACACCAGCGCAGGCAUCGACUCCAUCACCUUCCCCCAGGAUGAACUGGAUAAUUUUGCUACCCGUGCACCUUAUGACCGUGUCAUUCGCUGCCUGGGCUGGAAGUUUGACUUCUCUAUCUACAACAGAACCCUUAGAAUGAUGCCAGGAAAAGGGAAUAAAAAGAAGUAUCCUCAGAUCAAACCUAGUUAUGAGUCCAGAGGCACUCGGGGGCUUUUUGUUCUUGGCACUGCUAGCCACUCUGUCGACUUCAGGAAGUCUGCUGGGGGCUUCAUCCAUGGAUUCCGGUAUACAACUCGUGCAGUCCACCGCCUAUUGGAAAACCGUCACCAUGGUGUCCCCUGGCCAUCCACCGUCUACCCUGUUACACAGCUGACCAAUUCCAUCAUCAAGCGGGUGAAUGAGGCCUCGGGCCUCUACCAGAUGUUCAGUGUCCUGGCUGACAUCAUACUGCUGAGAGAGAAUUCCACAGCAUUUGAAUACCUGGAGGAGUACCCAGUUGGAGUCCUGGCCGAGCUGGAAAUGCAAACAGGGAGAAAGGCUUCCAACGGACUGUUUGUCAUUAUCAUGGAGUAUGGGAGGAAUUUCUCUGGGGCUGACAAGGAUGUCUUCUACUACAACCGAGCCGUGGGAGAGGCACAGCAUGCCUGGCAGUCCAACUUUUUGCACCCUGUUAUUUACUAUUACAAACGCCUCCCAACAGAGCAUGAGAUGAGACUUCAGCCCCCAGACUGGCCUCUCCCCCGCCCAGAUGCUGUCCAUCACAUUGUGGAGGACUUUCUGACAGACUGGACGGCCCCAAAUGCUCACAUCCUGCCACUAAGGCGGUUUUUGGAGAACUGCCUCAGCACUGACCUGCGCAACUUCUUUGCAGAGUCCUGUUUCCUGUUUGCCUUCACCCGUCAAAAGCUGCCUCCCUUCUGUCGGCAGGGGUAUGUGAGAAUGCAGGGGCUCGUGGGGAGCGAGGGGCUCCGGCGCCACGCAGUAGAAGCUGGCCUGCUGGAGGAUUACACUCACACAGACUUCUCGGGUGACAGACCCCCUGUCAGCCACGAAGGGUCCCAGGACCAGCUGCUGAGAGAUCAGGCAAUACCAGUUCGUCCACUGCAGCAUCUUGUUAAUGCUAAGGAUGAACUUUAA